AUCUUUUGAAGAUUACUAAAAUUUCUUCAUUGACGUGUCUGAAUGAUGAAAGGAUCAUGAAAGGAUAUCAAAUUAUGUUUAUCUGUCAUCCACUUUUUGCAAUAGUGGUAAAACUUAUUUUGACAUAAACCAGUAUGGUAUCAUCUACAUUUGAGCACGGUGAACAUUUACAGUGAAAUUAAAGUGCGCGACUACAAUAGAAAUUAUUAUAUGAAUCACAAUUGUGUAAUAUUUACUAAGCUAUAGGAUUAGGAGUACCAAAAUCUGCAUAAGGACUGGAAAAAUAUACAUAGCUUUCCAUAAUGAAAACAGCAAGUUUCUUUUCGCUCUUGAAACACAAUGGUCACGUUUUACUAUCAUUGUCUGGAAUAGGCUGUCUGGUACUAUCUUUGUUUUUGAUUGCGUCGUUUAACAGCGAAAGUGAUCGGAGGUACAACGAGAUAUUGGAUCAUCUUGCAGAAAUGAAAAAAGGAGGAGGUUCCAUGAACACGGACAUUUCGUUAAAACAUGAAGGACUGAAAGGGAAAUUCAGAAUAAAGAGAGAGGAUACUGAAAGUGAAAAUCGUACACCGAGUAAAGGCGGUGCAGUAUAUAUCAGGUGGGGCCGUAAAACAUGCCCAGAGAACGGCACAGAAUUAGUGUACCAAGGUUUCGGUGCCGGUUCAUGGCACGAAAGCUAUGGUGCCGCUACCAAUCUUCAGUGUCUACCCAAUAAUCCUGUUUGGGGUCGUUAUACUGACAAAGCCGGGUCUGCAUAUAUAUAUGGUAUGGAGUUCAAGGAGACACUCGAUGGACUUAUAGACACAUCCAACUUUCAGAAACCGUUAACUAAUCACAAUGUCCCUUGUGCUGUUUGCCGAAGCAAGGAAAGGAUAAGUUCGUUUAUGGUCCCCGCGAGGUUUGCCUGUUACAAUGGCUGGCAUCUAGAAUACCACGGAUAUCUUAUGGCUGGUUCCUCUAGUUCAAAGUCUGGUACCCAGUAUAUCUGCGUUGAUGAAGCACCUGAAGCGGACGAUUCCGGUUACAGAGUCGAAAAUGGAGCCCUUCUGUACAAAGUUACAGGCCAGUGUGGUUCAAUGCCGUGUCCAAAAUACGUACAAAACCGAGAACUUGCAUGUGCUGUUUGCACGAAAUGAAAUAAGCGGAUAAUGUAUUUUUUCUGUGUAUUACAUGAUUUAUUUGUAGAUUGAAGAUUCAUUACUGUAAAAUAACAAUACAUUUUCCCAAAAGAAUUGUUCCGGAUAGAUAAUAUCAAAAAUGCCUACAGGUAUAUGUUUCUUAACGUUUACCUUUUUCUUGCUCUGAAAACUGGGUAACGACAUUGAAGACGAAGACAUCGCAAUAGAAUUUGUUCUUUUUAUGCCCGCUGCUCAGAGUAAAAGCGAAAAGAUGAAUCCAAAAUUGACGAUAGAUAUGUAUUUUAUUAAUUUAUUAAUUUAGACCUCUUGCGCUCUCUCCCUUCCAACACAUAAACUUUACUUAGUAAAAUGUAGUACAUGCUCCUAAUCAGACAUAAACUUUAUUACAUAAAAUGUAGUUCCUGCACCCAGUCAGAAAUAAACUGUACUAAAUGAAAUGUAGUUCCUGUCCCAAAUCAGAUAUAAACGUUAUUAAAAAUGUAGUUCCAGUUAAUCUACCAUAAAGAGAUCACCGUUUGUUUCAUUUUUAAACUUUUUGCGCGGCUUAUAUUAAUGACUUUGUUUUAUAUUACGAAUUUGUUUUGUAUCAUUUCUGUGUAUUUAAUACCAUAACAUAUGAUAACUUAUUCUAAUUGUUAGAAAAUAUAUUAUCGCCUUUGUUUUCAGUAACGUCAGUGUUAAACUAAAAGUCAAUAAACACGUUGAAAGAGGUUGAAAGAGGCUACACAGGGAGUAUUUAAAAAAACAAAAAGUAUUUCAGUCCUUGUAAGACGUUCAGAUGAGAAAAUAUUUGUUCUGGAUUGAUUCCAAUUCUAAAUAUACUCGCCGUAAGUAAUUGCCAACUUCCCAACAAAAAGAAAAAGCGGAAACCGAUGACUUUAGACGGUUAUGUCCUUGCUGGAAACAGCAACUUACGGCACGAGGAACGGAUCGUUUGAUUGUUAUCUUAUUAUAGGAAUAAGCAAGAUAAAAUACUGGACCAAACAUCUGUACGGGUAAAUCAGUCAUCAGAAGCAUGAUGAAUAAAGGAUGCACAAUAUUAAAUACGUAUAUCCAAAUCUCUUUUCUGUCUGUAUACAAUAAACCAAGGUUUCUCCUUAUGUUUGUGUAGUCGUUGGGAGAUAUUUUGUAAGUUAUAAAAUAUAUUGUCGUAAAAGAAUAGCCGGUUGAAAAGGGAAUGAAAACGUUAUCUGAGUAUCUGCGCUUCAAUCAAACAAGAAAUGUCUAUAAAAAGACAAACGGCGUAGAGGUUAUAUAUUUGGCGCAUGGAAAAAUCAACCUCCACAAUUCUAAUUACUCGAUAAAGUUCUCAGUUUUGAUAAAAGUUAAAGCAAACUUCAAAUUGAAGUCAGUGGACCAUUUGCAGGUUGGGAGAACUUCAAUAACAUUAAUAGGUAAGUACUUACAGAUAUGAUGGAAUAGUGAUUUGUUUAAUUUAUACUGUUGUUGUUUGCAUAGUCAUUAUUUUCAUGAAAUUUAAGGUUAUUUUAGCUGACAUACUGGCCUCAAUUGAUGUAGUUAUUCUUUUCGUCUGCACUUACCAGAGCGAGGCUCCAGUUGGGAACGAUCCCUGGUGUCAAAUUAUGUAGGGAAUACUCAGUUUCGCGAACUGAUAACAAAAUAUUGUAAUAACAAAGUUUUCUGCUUUUUCUGCUUUAUUUCUACUAAGAACAUGAAUUUGCCGGGUAUGUGAAACCCCGUACAAUGCGAAACUCGGUACACUGACUCUACAUUUACAGCCAUCCAACACCCUUCUGAUGAUAAAUUACUAAAGACUUUAAAAUUAGAAUAAAUCAUUUCAGUUUUGGGUUACAAAACUAAUUCUAACACGAUCCGAUUCAUUUUCCUAUUAAACAAGCAAGGCUGAAAACAGUGAAUUAUUAUAUAACAAUUUACUGUUCUGACUUCACAAUUAUUACGUAAUAGCGUCAAACGGCAUAGCGGCGCGCUGGAAAAGAAAGCAAUUGAAAACGGGCAAAUAUUUAAUGAAUGCCGUCAAGGUCCUUGGUAACGUGUUAGAAUCAAAAUAAUAUAUCUUAUUUAGUGAUUUCCUCUUGAAUAAAAUCAUUGUUUGUCGUUCAGAUGCGUAUUAUUAUAGAUCUAACACUCGGGCUGCACCGUCGUGAUAUAAUCCCUUCGCAUCUUAAGAUACUUCCGCAAAUUGAAAUUAGAAAUUUAUGUGAAAAAUCAGAAUCCUCGAAACAGCUUUCGAAAUACAAUGUACAUCUUAUGUCAGCUAGUCUAAGACAUAGUCACUUUAACAUUUCAUUGUUCAAGAUACUUGUGUUGGCACACACCUGUGUCUUAUAACUCGUAUCCUGACAAAAUGGUUAGGGGUUUAAAUUUACAUAAUAGUGCUGACCCAUCCCGAUGUGUGCAUUGGCCUUAAAUAUUUUCUACGAAACAACAGCAAGCUUCAAUUUAUGUUGUUGUCUAACCACGUCAAUGCAUGUCACUAUUUCCUAAUUUGUCCAAAAUACACAGAUCUCCGACCUGAACUACUUACUACGAUCUCCCAACAUUGUAACCCCUCUAUUAAUGUUAUCUUAAACGGUGAUAUUUCACUAUCUCUCGAUUCCAAUAUAACAAUUUUUAAUGCCGUUCAAAAAUACAGUAGAGAAACAAAACGAUUUUAGCAAUAGCUAGUUAAGAUGUAAUGUUGCAUAAAAUACAAUUGCAUCUAUAUAUGUAUACACGUCAUAUCUAAACAUUAUCAUUAUCUAAACAUGUUGAUUAUUUGAUUGAUUCAGCUAUUUUCUUCACACUUUAUCCUUAUCGUUCAUCCGUUUAUCCUUUUUUCUUUUACGUGUUUUAGUUUUUUACUACUCUAAAUUUAGUUUGGUGUUAAACUUACAUUUUACACUUACCAUUUUAAAUCAGUAUCAAAUAUCUCUUUAAAUGCGAUUUGCUUGUUAUUUCAUAUCAAGUGUUUCUGAAUUCUACUUUUCAAAUUCAUUGCUAUAUGUCUGAAAUAUGUUGUCAUAUUUAAACUCUUAUUGUACUUUACAAAAGCACUUUUUGGUUUAUUAAAAUGUGUCAUCUUUUCAUGUAUUAUAUAUAAUACUGUAUUAACUGGAAAAUAAUUGUGCCAUGAAUAAACAUGUAAUUUUAUGUAAUAAGGAGAGGACAACUGUAAGCUAAUAUAGCUUUCUGUCCAAUUCCUGGAAUGUUGUAUUGUAAAUGUUUCGGAAUAAAAAUAUGUUUAAACUAA